AACAGUAACAGUAACAGCAACGAAAAGUAAUAAUAAAAGUUGAGGCAAACAAAACGACAACAACAACAACAAUCGAAAAAGAAGGAAAACGUAAUAAAAAAAAGAUUUGCCACAGCAAAAACAAAGCUGAAAAGGGAAAUGAAUAUGAGGCAAAGUUUUGAAAGUUUAAUUCACGGCGGUGAGGCCUCGUCGGAGCGUCAGUCGUCGGAGGAGGUGCCGGAGUCGACAACAACAGCUGGCGAGGAUGCCGGUGCCUUGGAUGGCGGCGCAGCGGCUGCUGGCGAUGAUGAUUUCACCGAUGACAACAAUUUUGAGUCGAAUCUGCGAAGACGCAAAGGCAAAAUAAUAUCCUGUGCCAAGGAGACAAUUGAGCAUGCUUCCCGCCAACUACGCCGCAAAGUGCCGUACGCCGGUCAUUUGAUGACGCCGCGACGUCUGUGGCUCAACAAAAUACCCACCCAAUGCGACGUGGUCAUUGAAUUUCCCGAGGAUGCGCCAGAUGAAGCACUUCGCUGGCUACUGGCACGAAUACGAUCUCCGCCCCCCGCCGGACUGGGUCUGGUUGUCCAAGUCAAGGCACACGAGAGCACGCGUCGCAAUGCAUUCUAUGUGAGUGCGCCGGUGAAUGUACUUUUCAAAGCCGCCGAGGAUGCACGCCUGCCAAAGCGCCUUCGUCCUGAUUUGGGUGGCGCACUGCGUGAGUUCACAACACGGGAGAGCCACUGCUUCCAGCAGCUGCGCAGCGAUGUGGGCAGCACGGCACUGUUCACAUCACAGGAGCGACAGUGGCUGGUCCUUCAGGUGCUACAGGGUCUGCGCGCCGGCUGCAGUGACAUCGACGCAUUGCAUGGACGCGCCGCAGUGGCCGAGGGUCAGAGCAUUGUGGCUGCUUGGCAGGAGUCGGGCCUAAUAACGCAAGUUUUUCCCCUGCAUGAGACGCGAUCGUUGUCACAACUCCAAACACAUUGGGUUAAACAGAUCUUUGCGCCACAACCGCUGGACGACAUUGCUGCGUAUUUUGGCGUGAAAGUUGCGCUCUAUUUCGCCUGGCUGGGUCACUAUACAUGCGCUUUAGGCGUACCUGCUGUUUUUGGUACGAUUUUGUAUUUCAUACUCUGGGGCAAAGGUCAGACAGCACAGGACAUGGGUCAUGUGCUAUUCUCGCUAUUCAAUGUCGCCUGGGCCUCAUUAUAUUUGGAGGCCUGGAAACGUUACUCUGUGGAACUGGCUUUUCGUUGGGGCACGCUCUCAACGCCGCCGGAGUUACUCGAGCCGCCUAGGCCGCUAUAUAAGGGUCCGCUGGAGGAGAAUAAUGUGACGGGCCGCCUGGAGCCAAAGGAAGCACCCGCUUGGCAGCGUCGCGCCUUUCGCUAUUUGGUCAGCUUUCCCAUCAUUGGCCUUUGUUUGUGUCUCGUGUUUGCCGUCAUGUUCCUCAUGCUGCGCUUUCAGGAUUGGUGGGACUCUAAACUGCCCGAGGAAAGUGUUCUUUGCGCUCUCAGUGUCAUACCAAAAGUGUUACUCGCCGGCGCCAUAACGCUUAUGGAUGAGGCCUAUUUCAAGCUAGCAGUUUGGUUGAAUGAUCGCGAAAACUACCGUCUGCAAUCGAAAUAUGAGAAUCAUUUGAUAGCGAAGGUGGCGCUCUUUCAAUUCGUCAACUCGUUUCUGUCGCUCUUCUAUAUAGCCUUCUAUUUACGUGACGAGGACAAGUUAAAGGAGCAACUGGCCGGUCUGCUCAUUUCGCGGCAAAUUAUAGGCAAUCUGCGCGAAUCCGCCAUACCAUAUUUUAUGGAGCAAUGGAAGCUGGCGAAGCUGAGCUUCAACAUGUGGGGCGCCUUGAGUCCCACACAGCACGCGAAUCGCAGUCUGGCCGGGGAUCUGGCGAAUGCAGCCCAACUAGGUGCGGAUUCAGACACGCCCUCCCCCGCUCAGUCACCGCCGCCGCCGCCGCAACAACAACAAGAAUCCAGCAAACGCAAUAUCGGACAGGCGGAAAUAGAAAGCUCUCUGUACAAGUACGACGGCACCUUUUCGGACCAUUUGGAAAUGCUCGUUCAAAUGGGCUAUGUGGUGCUCUUCUCGGCCGCCUUUCCCCUCGCCGGCGUCUGUGCGCUCAUCAACAAUCUGAUGGAAAUACGCUCGGAUGCCUUCAAGCUGGCGCAUGUGCAUCAGCGGCCAUUUGGACAGCGGGUGGCCAACAUUGGAACCUGGCAGAACGCACUCAGCAUUUUGUCACUGGCCGCUGUCAUUGUCAACUGCGCCCUCAUCGGGUUGUCGGGUCAGGUAUCGCGUCUGUGGCCCGGACUCAGUACGGCGCAGACCAUAAUAUUGAUUGUUACAUUGGAGCACAUCAUGCUGGGAUUGCGCCAAGCACUAACUUGGCUCUUGCCAGAGCUGCCUUCUUGGCUGGCAGCGGAAAUUGCGCGUGCCGAGCAUUGUCGUCGGGAAAUGCAAUGCAAGGGCACCUCGCCGCGUCCCACUCCACCGACCCCCCCAUCGACGACAUCCACACAGCCCGGAGAUGAAUGUGUUGGCUUGGGUGCCGCCCAUAUGGAUAGUGGAGCGAACACCACACAGGAUCAGUCGAUGGAGAGCCAAGUGGCUGAGGAUUUGUUAUAUGGCCAGGAGUUGGCCAACUAUGGACUGCAGCAUCGCAACAUUGAGGCGGAUGUGAAUAUAUAUGAGAAUCGAGAUUCCUCACCAGACUCGCCGCCAUCGCAGACCAGCACAAUACUCAUACGACCGUUGCACGAAUCGACUCCACCACACAGUGGCGCCUCGCUGACCAGUUUGCAUCAGGAUGGCCAUAAUGGCGCUUGUAAGAGUUGUAAGCGCAAGUCGCAAGUCUCCAUACCGGAAAUACCGCCAUUUCUUGGAUAUUCGGUGCGCAAUCUAAGCGCGCUGCCAACACACAGUAGUCAAAGAAUAAAGCAACAGAUCCUAAGCGGCGCUUCUGCCAGCACGCUAGCUCUGAACUCUGCCGCCAGCUAUGCCGCUCGAUCGAUGCAUAUCCAAGAAAUACCGCCAUUUCGUAAGAAAUCCACUGACUCUGCCGAUCACACAGGUAGCAGCAACAGCAGCAGUCCCCAACGCGCCUCCGCGCGUCUACAGCAACAGCAGCAGCAGCAACAACAACAGCAAGUCGGAAAAGUUCCAGAGAUACCACCUUAUAAGACACGAAAGAUAUCUGCGGAGAGUGCAACGCAUUUGCAUAUAACCGAUAAACUGCAUAUUAAGCUCCAUGCUCCCGAGUGGAUGUCACGUUUGAAAGUCAACGACAAUGCCAAUCUACAUAGAAGUAUAGAUUGUAUUGCCAAGGAACUAACAAGCAAUGCAGAAGCAGCGGAUAUUUUAAAGCCGGCACCGUCCUGGAGUAAUGUGGCAUUGAAGACGGGUCUGCCCAGCAGCAGCAACAUUGCCACACCAUCACAACCCACACAUCCGCAACAGCAACAAAUUGUGGCCUCAUCAUCGUCCUCGUCGGGCGGUGGCGGCAGUGUGUUUAGUCCCAGUGGCGCAGGACCUGCCCCGAGCAGCAUUAGCAAUUCACAGUCUCGGCCGAGUGUGGGCGCACUCUCGAAUUCAUCAUCGAGCUCAUCCCAAAAGCAUCAGCAACAGCAACAACAACAACAACAGCAGCAACAACAGCAGUCGCAGAAACAGUCGAAGGAGGAGAAGCAGCAGGAGCAGGAACAGUCGCAGGCUCAAGCAGCCACUGCAUCCACAUCAGCGGGUAAUACCGAUGACGAAGCCAAGGCUGCCGAACUGGCCGCCAAGAAGUCGCGUCUCAAGCAGAAACUGGUCAAGAGUGCACGAUCGGUGGCCAUUUUCUCCUUGAAGCUGAAGGAGCGACGCCAACGGGAGGCUGAGAAGGCGGCUACCAUAGCUGUGGAGCAUGCCAAGGCGCUCGCUAAGCUGCCGCCCAUGCCCCAGCCUGUUGGCGGCGAGCUGUCAUUAAUACCCAUCGAACAGUUAAUACAGAUUGACGAUAUAAAGCCUGCGAUUAAGCCUGCAACGGCAGCAACAACAACGACGACGACGAGCUCGUACUCUGCAGCGACGUCGAGCGCGCAUCAUCAUCAUCAGCAGCAGCAGCAGCCGCAGCAUCAUUAUCAUCAGCAGCAGCAGCAACAACAACAUCAUACGCAUUACACGGAUAAUUAAAGAAUAUAUAUAUAUAUAUAUAUAUAUAUAUAUUAUAUACAUAUAUUGCGAGUAUAUGCAGUUAAUGCCGCUUAGCCUAGCGCACACACUGUAAAUAAUUUUCUAUGCACCCCUCCACUUAUACGACAGUUCUCUAUAUACUUAGUACAUACUCUAUCGAUUUGAUACCCAUGAUAUACCCAGAACAAUGAUAACCCAACAUAUUGAUGAUAUGAGCAAUUUGCUGAAUGUGUGUCUUGUCCAGAGAGUUGGAAGUAAAUACUAGUACUAAUCUCACUCUUAAUGUUUAAAUAACAAUAAAUACUAUGUAACACCUAUUUUUCAAAUACUCGCGCAACUCGGCAAAUCAAACAAAUUAGCAUAAAAGACAAAGUAUAGUACGAGUAUGUAUGUACGAAACGAAUUUUGUUUAGCAUUUAGCAGUUGAAGUUAUUUGUAGUUAAUGUUGCAAAAUGUUGUUGUAUUUGUUUUUCUUUAGCCGCAUUCGUUAUUACAAGUAUGUGUAUUUGCCUUUAAGUUGCCUCAACAAUCAACAUCACUUGACAACGACAAACUGUGACGCGAGCUUGGCGCUAAACUGUCGUCCAUUGUUCCUUCCAUAUACAAAACGAAGAAAUACAAACUCAAAUACGAAUACAAAUAAAUAUAAAAACGAAUAAUUAUAUAAAAAAAGAAGAAAAGAAGUAACAUUGCUCUCGCUUUCAAUCAAUUAAAUAUUUACAAAAAUAAAAGUGCAGCUUUUUAUCAAUUAAGAUUUAAACGAAUACUGUUCAAGUCUGCAACUAUUUUUUGAGUUAUGGCUUUAGCAGAUUAGCGCUGUAAAGUGCAAAUCAAUUAUAUAGAACUAGAUGAUGAAAACGAAACACACUGUAACGAAUGAUAUUUGUACAUAAUGUUUAGCAUAUAAGCGUAAAGAGAAAUUUACAGAAAUUUCAAGUAAAAAGUUUAGCAAUUACUAAAUU